UGUCACUACAGACUUUACUAUAGAGAGUUUAGAUUGAGUCAAUAAGUUCAGUUAGUGUCAGCAAAAUGGAGAAUGAAAUAAAUUUUACAGCUUUUAGCGUCUUUGAUGAAGUGCGUUUGGAGGGCGAGCACACUGAUGCGAUCAUCAGGGUGAAAGACACAGAGUUUAAAGUGCAUAAGAUCAUUUUAUGUGGCUGCAGCCCAUAUUUUAGGGCACUUUUCUCUACCAAGUGGUCCAAUGGUCAACAUUUCUAUGAGAUAUCAGAUGUGUCUCCACAGAUAAUGUCCCUUAUUAUUCAACACGCAUACACAAGAUCCGUUCCCAUCACUGAAGAAAAUGUCCAGGAGCUCCUGGUGGUGGCGGACAGGAUUUUAAUAAAGGAUCUGGUAGACGCCUGUUGUGGGUUUCUGGAGUCGCAGUUAUGCCCAGAAAACUGCAUUGGCAUCUUUAUGUUUACCGAGCAUUUCCAGUCUUGCUCCAAACUUCACGAAAAAGCAAUGUUUUACAUCCUGGAGCACUUUAAGAACGUGGUGGUUUUGUCUCAAGAACUUCAGGAGCUUCCACUAAAACAUCUCGAGGAGUUCAUUGGACAGGAUGAGUUAAACAUUCAAGAGGAGGAGAUUGUUUUCGAAGCCAUCCUGCGCUGGAUUGAGCACGACCCUCAAGAGAGAAAAAUACACAUCGCCACACUUCUGCCAAAGCAAACCGUCUCGCUUUUGUUUCAGGUUCGGAUGGGGUUGAUGACAUCGGAUUAUUACGAAAAUAACGUGAAGAGCAAUCCACUAGUAACAGAUAAUGAAUUCUGCUCACAUGUCAUCGACAGUGCAACAAAGGCCCUGUAUAACCUUAACAUAUCUGAACUCUCCAGCCAAUACCUUCGUAAACAGCUUAUGCGCCCGCGUCUGCCUCCAACAGUGUUGCUGGCGAUCGGAGGAUGGAGCACUGGUGGUCCAACCAAUAAGAUCGAGGCAUAUGAUGUUAGGGCAGACUGCUGGGUUAAUCUAACCCCAGAGGUCGAUACACCCAAAGCCUAUCAUGGCACAGUUGUCUUGGACGGCUUUGUCUACUGCAUCGGCGGCUUCGAUGGUGUGAAUUAUUUCAACAGCGUCAGGAAAUUUGAUAUCACCAAUCAGACAUGGCAUGAGGUGGCUCCAAUGUAUGAGCGGCGUUGCUAUGUAAGCGUUACUGUUUUGGACGGUCACAUAUAUGCCAUGGGUGGCUACGAUGGAAAUAUACGGUUGAACUCAGCCGAACGGUAUGACCCAAAGACCAACCAGUGGAGUCACAUAGCAUCCAUGAACGAACACCGUAGUGAUGCUGCCGCCGUAACUCUACAUGGCAAAGUGUAUAUCUGUGGAGGGUUUUCUGGCAAUGACUGUCACUUCACAGCAGAAGUCUUCGAUCCCAAGACCAACCAGUGGAGUUUCAUCGCCCCAAUGAUGAACCGCCGCAGUGGUCUCGGUGUGAUCUCAUAUGGGAAUCGAGUUUAUGCUGUUGGUGGUUUUGAUGGCGCUGAUCGUUUGCGUAGUGUAGAGCGUUACAACCCUGACACAGAUAGUUGGCGGGCCAUUGAACCAAUGAUAACGCCGCGAAGCAACUUUGGCCUUGAGGUGCUGGAAGAUCGGAUCUACGCUGUUGGAGGCUUUAAUGGAUCAAGCACCACUGAUAAUGUGGAGUGUUUCAACUGGGAGACAAAUUACUGGUAUGAGGUAUGUGACAUGACAAUAAGCCGCAGUGCUCUGAGUUGCUGUAUAUUAUCAGGGUUACCUGAAGUGAUCAAGUACACCGCCAAUCGGGACUCACUUCCGACAGGAGUCUGUCAGUGAUUGACCCAGCAUCGGCAAUGGACAGAAAUAUUUCGCCAUCAAUGAUGUGCUGAAGGACAAAAAUAAAUGCAUUAAAAAGA